UACAACUACGCAUGUGCCAAAGGUGGCCGCCCAAAGCACUGAAGCAGGGCCUUCUUUCGGGCAAGCGCACUAGCGGCCGCCGAAGCGCUUCCGCCUCCCCGCCGCUGCCGUCGCCAUGGCCGCGCCGGCCCCGGGCUUAAUCUCAGUCUUCUCGAGCCCGCAGGAGUUGGGCGCCUCGCUAGCGCAGCUAGUGGCUCAGAGGGCAGCAUGCUGCCUGGCUGGGACCCGCGCCCGCUUCGCGCUCGGCCUGUCGGGCGGCAGCUUGGUCACGAUGCUGGCCCGUGAACUGCCCGCCGCCGCUGCCCCCGCCGGGCCCGCUAGCCUCGCCCGCUGGACGCUGGGCUUCUGCGACGAGCGCCUAGUGCCUUUCGAGCACGCCGAGAGCACGUACGGCCUUUACCGGACACACCUGCUCUCCAGGCUGCCCAUCCCAGACAACCAAGUGAUCACCAUCAACCCUGAGUUACCUGUGGAGGAGGCAGCUGAGGACUAUGCCAAGAAGCUGAGACAGGCAUUCCAAGGAGACUCCAUCCCGGUUUUCGACCUUCUGAUCCUGGGAGUGGGCCCAGAUGGUCACACUUGCUCACUUUUCCCAGACCAUCCCCUUCUGCAGGAGCGUGAGAAGAUUGUGGCCCCCAUCAGUGACUCCCCAAAGCCACCCCCACAGCGUGUGACACUCACACUACCUGUCCUGAAUGCAGCCCGAACUGUCAUCUUUGUGGCAACUGGAGAAGGCAAAGCAGGUGUUCUGAAGCGCAUUUUGGAGGACAAGGAAGCAAACCCACUCCCUGCUGCAUUGGUCCAACCCCACACCGGGAAACUUUGCUGGUUUCUGGAUGAGGCAGCCGCCAGACUCCUAACAGUGCCCUUUGAGAAGCAUUCCACUUUAUAACCAUCAGGCCAGAGAGACUCCACAGCUGGGACCACACAUGGCCUGAGGGGCUGGGCCCCUGCUGGCCACUGCGCUCCAGGCCCCCAUUUGGAAAAGCCACAUGGUGCUGCUGUUGGAAGUUGACAGUCUGUCCACCAGCCCUGCCCUGGGGGUUCAGCCUGUUUGCCACAGCUCCAGGUGACCUGGAUAUUAAAAGCAGCUUUACUGGAA